AGAUUGUGCUUUAAAUUACUCAUGCAACGUAUAGAAUUUAACAACAAAUUAACACCACAAAAUGCAUAUUGUUGCAGUGCCUGUGUUGGGUAUAAUAUUCAAUAUUCUUUUACAAUGUAUUGAAGCAAAUCUUACACUAGACUUUAGAGUAACAAAGAUAUCCGCCAAUCACAAACCCGCAAACUGUAAUGUUGCCAAUACAACGUAUGCACAUGGAGAGACAUUUAAAUUGGAUUGUAAAACACAAUGUGUUUGUGAGAAUGGACGUCAUGCCUGCUCUUCGUUGUGUCCGAAAGAACAACUUCCGGCACCGGAGGAUACAAUAUCAUGCCGAAGCCCACGUUUGGUAGAAGUGCCGGGUCACUGUUGCAAAAUGUGGUUGUGUGAGAAUCCAACAGCUGAUGUUUAUGCCACCUGUCACAAUUCAUCAACCAGCCCGUGGACACCGUGCAGUCGAAUGUGCGGCCUUGGCAUAUCAACGCGUUUUACCACAACAACAGCAGGUUGUAAUCAAUUAAGCAAUUUGCGAUUAUGUGAAAAUCGCAAAUGCGAUACCCAACAACAACAGCAACAAGACAAUACAGAUAAACGGCGAGAAGAUGUGAGAAACGCUGAUCAACAACAGGAAAAGAAAACUAAAGAAAAGCAAAAUUAUUUAAUGAAUACAAAACAGCUGAAGCAUAAAUUAAAAAGACAGCAAAGACGACAUCAUGACAUCAAACACCAGCAAGAGCAGCAGCAGCAAAUGCAACAGGAGCAGCCGGAACAUGAACAUAGAAUAAGAAAGGGACAUGAAUGCCGCAGCAUACAGCGUUUGGGACCAGCGCGUAUACGUUUGGGAGAGUGUGUUUCAAAGAAACUGUACCGUCCGAAAAUCUGUGGACGAUGUCAUCAAAAUACAAAAUGUUGUGUGCCUUCAGUAUCAACCACUAUACAGGUGGAAUUACUUUGUCCUUUAAAUGCCAUCGAUCCAAUUAGUUUUGUUCAGCAGCAAUUAACUGCUGGACAACAACAGCAACAGGGGCAACUUUAUUAUCCAAAAACAUCAGCAUCAAUGUCAGCAGACUCAGCGUCAACUUUAUCAUCAUCAUCGUCAACAACAUUGACAUCAUUAUGGGAUACACAGUCGCUGGAUGCCAUCGAUCAGGAAUAUUUACAGUCGCAUCAAAUACAAAUUGCAAAUAAAUUUAUUGCAGUCGAAUGGAUUUUAAAAUGUGAAUGUACAAAAAAUGAUAAUUGUCAACGGAUUGUUAACGCAACUACAACAGCAAGUAGCAGUAACAGCAACAGAGACAGAGAUAGCAGCAACAACCACAAAUAUCAUGACUAUGAUGACGAUGACAAUGAAAAUGUUGACACUGACAACACAAACAACAAAAAUAUGCAAAAUAUCAACUAUUUUAAGCUUAACCAUAAAAACAAUAAGAAACAUUCAAUGUACUAUGAGGACUAUAAACAACAAAUAGCAGCAGCAUCAAAAGCAGCAACACACAUUGCUAAAAUACCAGACGACAAUAACAAUGUUGAGCAGCAGCAUGAUGAUGGAAAUGAGAAUUUUGAUGAGGAUGAGAAUGAUGCUGAUGAUGAUGCGGAUAAUGACAGCGACAUAAACAUUAACAACAGUUACAGCAACAGCAACAAACACAUUUACAGCUACAACCACAAAACACAAACAACAAAAGAUUAUAAAGAAAAUAACAACAGUAACAGGAAAAACCAAAAUGCAAACAAAAACAAUGAAGAGCAUGAGCCGGAAAUACAACCCGAAGACAUAGAGGAUGAAGAAUGGUCAACCUCAUUGUCAUCCUCGUUGUUAUCAGCACCAUCAUCAUCUGCUGGUGGUGGUGUUGUUGGUGGGGCAACAUCAUCGGAUGAAAUACAACCAGAUAUAAUACCAUAUCCGCCACCACCAUUUUCCGCAAAUAAGCAUACAGUCAGUGGCAACAACAACAACAACAGCAACAAAAAUAAUAACAAUAACAAUAAACAUAAUAAUAACAAUAAUAAUGAUAAUGAUAACAACAAAAACACACAAACAAACUGGCUAAAAGAGAAAUUUAAACUAGAGCACAGUAAACAAAAACAUCAGCAGCAACAAGAACAACAAAAACAAUACUAUGAACACUGGUUACUACAACAAUACAACAACAAGCCAUAUCAAAGAGAAAGCCUGGCAACAUAG